AUGGAUAAGUUCACAUAUCCUCAAGGAAAAAUGUAUCUGAAAGACUAUCAGACAUUUGUUAACACUGCCCGCUAUUGGACAGAAAAUUUUGCCAAGCCCACUUCUCUUGGGAUUGAAGAUAAGGAUGUAUGGUGUGGCCCUGGAAUUGGACUCGUAUCAGAUCAUGCUUCUACUUCUGUGGAUUGUGUGGUGGCAAGGAAGAAUGCUUCUUCAAGAGAGCAACACAUAGGGAAGAGGUAUUCUUCCUUCUCCAUCAUCAUCUCAUCAUCUUCUCCUUCAAUUCUUACUCCUCUUCUCUCCCUAAACUCAAUGACAGUUCUUGAUUGCUUAAUUGAUCAAAGACUGUACAUUGGUUUGCCUGAUGCCAAGCAAAGAGUCCAAAUUUUUGGUGUGCAUAGUUCUGGAAAGCAACUUGCAGAGGAUAUUGAUUUUGAAAAGCUUGUCUUCCGAACUGUUGGAUUCUUAGGAGCAGAUAUAAGAAACCUUGUCAAUGAAGCAGCAAUAAUGAUGGUGGAUUUCUGCUGCAUUUGA